AUUUUGUUUUUUGAGACUGAGUGCCUUGUAAUGUAACAUAUGAAUGUAUGAUAUUUUAGGUGUACCAACCGACAUAGACACAGCUAACACAUACUACUCUCAGCACGAUGAUUUUGAGGAUGAUGAGGAAGAGAUUGAAGAAGACCUCAAAGAUGGUGAAGGUGAAGAUGAUGACCUACAAGAUCUCAUAGGAAUGAUGCAAGAGGCCAUUGAUACUACACUAGAUAAAAGUCUAACAGUCCAUGAUGACACUGUUGCUGGUGCCUUCGGUCCUGCUGCAAGAAAUGUGAAGAUUCGUAACCUCAGAGCCGAAUGUGAGACUAAAUUAGGAAAAGAAGCCUUUGAUCAUGCCUACAAAUAUUUACGUGAAUCCCGUUUUAGUGACAAUUCAACCACGAUCGAUGAGACUCUUAUAAUGAAGAAGUUACGUAAAGUUGUGCCAAAUCCUAGUGACUGUUUCCUAGUUGACCAGCUCCUGUUUCUAGAAGAACAGGCAAAGAUUGCUCAUAUGUGACAAAUCAAUCUCAGUGAAUGUGUAACAAAAUUAGGAAAAAAGCCUUCGAUUACACCUGCAGUUAUUUGUGUGUGAUUCCCAUUUGGGAUUAGAUAAAGUGUUCAUAUUAAGAGGUGUUCUGAUUUCAGAGGUGUCUAUAGACAUACAUGUUUAUACAUGUUGCUGUGAUUUACAGAUAUGGUAUCACUAAAGGGACCAAUGUCUGAAAAGCAGGGAGCUUGGCAUGUAAAUCGAAAAUGAAGCAUUAUACUUUUCUCAAUUAUUUUGCAAAUGCAUUACCACUAGCAUAUGAUGUGAGAGAGAAACAAUGAUGUGUUCAAUGGGAUUGCAAAAAACAAGUUCGAUUCUUGUUUUAGUAAACUUAGUCUAGUAUUGCAGAUAUAUGCACUGAAGUUAGACCUCCUUUCCUUAGAGGGGGAUCUACUAGGUACCUUCCACAAGACAAGUGGCGGUUUAUCAGGAGCUCAGACCUAUCAGAUCCUUAUUUUUUAAAUCCCUGAUCUUAUAUUUUUCUGCCUUGAUAUGAACUUUCUUUAUUUCACAGAGCCUUGAUAUUUCUUGACCAGAUAUGCCCAAUUUCUAAUAUUGGUUUUC